GAAAAGUUGUUACUGAUUUCUUGCCGGUGGAAGCAGAUUCUGAGCAGAAAUUCGAAAUGAAGCGAAAACAUUGGGGUGGCUUCGAGGAUGGCAGUGACAAAAAGAAGGAAGUGGCGUCCAACGAGAUUAUUCUGCCGAUGACCAAAAUGGAAAAGUUCCAACAGAUUAAGUUGCCGUACACGAUUUCACGCGAAAAGAGGAUUCCUCUGAAGAACCCGCUGGUCACGCAAACGGUCGAAGUGAUGAACCAAACCGAGAUGAUUCAGACGCUGAUUGAUACAUACUCGACCAAGUCCGGGUACAGUUACAUCCUGAACCCGUGCCAGCUGAUGCCCAACAUUGACUUCCCGCCGGCCAAUACGGCCGACCUGAGUCGGAACGAGAAGAUUACAAGACCGUUCUGGUUCGUAAACCCGCACGACAGCAGUUUCACGCGAGGUCAACCCCGGAACUACCCCAAGUUGACCCGACCAGUGCUGAUGCAGGCCCUCCGGAAGGUCAUCUGCGGUCUGCUGCGGGUGGCUGGGUUCUCGGAGAUUAACGAAUCGGCGCUGAUCAUGAUGGUUGACGGGAUGGACCAGUACAUGCGGCUGAUGUGCGAAUCGAUGCGGGAUGUGCUGGUCAGCGAGGGCCGGGAGACGGAGUCUUUCCUGGACAUUUUGACGCUGGAGCGGGGCUACUUCUCGGUCACGAAGCGAAGCGUUACGAGCUUGCACAAUUACUACAAGGACAUUGGCAAUAAGAACAAGAACGAGAUUCGCGAGUUCAAGGACAUCUUCCAGGAGUACGACAAGCUGCUGCAGGAGAAUCACCAGAGUGCGGCGCAGAGCAUGCACUCGAACAGCAGCCGGGUCAAGGAGGAGGAUUACAUGAGCUUCCUGGACGGGAACUCGCAGCAUCAGGGACAGGCGGGAACGAUGGCCACGAUGGACGGCACCUCGACGAUCAACAUCAUCAGCUUUCUCAACGGAGAGGAGAAUGUCGGACUCCUCGAGGGAAACAUUCUCGAUUCAGCCAACUCUAACGACAACAUCGUUCAGCAACACUCUCAGGAAUCGUUUCACUCAGAAAACUAAAACAAUCUCAAAUAAAGCGCUUCAAUCAAUUUA